AUGUAUACUCAUGGCAAAGUUUAUUCUGUCUUACCAAACAGAAUGGGAACAGCGUUAGAUUUCAAAUCUUUGGACGAGAUGCACUGGACUUUGGACUUUUUCAGAGUGGAGCUCGCAAAUGUGCGAAGGUUCAAGAGUCAGCGAUCAUCAAGUGCGGACAGUAUUACUAAUAAUAAUGUUUUAAAUGCUAAGAAUAAAUCAGUAGUAGUAGAUAAAAACACUAUUAACGAUCGUAAAAAUGCGAUACCUACUAGAAUUAAACCAUUAUAUCAUAAUUGUUAUUUACAAGCACCUGAUGGAGAUAUAUUGUGUACAUGCGAUCGCAAGAAAGCAGAAUGGUAUAUUACGAAAAAUUUAGGAAAACUUGUGGAGACAGAUCCAUAUACAGUCAGAUUAAAUUUUGAGCCGUCUGGCCGAGCAUUGGGAGAAGUUGGACAAUAUUAUACACAGGUGAAACUUAAUCAAUGUGUAGUCUGUGGAUGCACUGAGAAAUUUAUUAGAAAAAAUGUUGUACCACGAGAAUAUCGAAAGUAUUUCCCAUUGGUAAUGAAAGCACAUCAAUCUCAUGAUGUAUUAUUAUUAUGUCCUUCGUGUCAUGAAAUUAGCAAUAACCAUGAUCUGCAACUCAGAAGAAAGUUAGCAGACAUGUGUGAUGCACCGUUAAUUGGGCCAAUGACACAUGUACGAGACAAUUUUUUGCAUAACCGCCGAAAGUUGCAUUCAGCUGUUAAGGCUUUGAGGGAAAAGUUCACGUUACCUCCCCGACAACGCGAAGAGUAUGAAAAUUACAUACUAGAGCAUACGGGACAGCAGAAAAUUACGCCGGAUCUGCUCAAUGGUCUGAACGAGCAACUGAAGAAUGCACUGAUCCAGAAACCGAUACCUAACAAGUAUCAGCCACAUGGCUUAAAGGUGGUACAACAUUUUCAAAAGCAAGAAAGCGGACUUGUCGAAUUGGAACGUAUGUGGAGAGAACAUUUUCUCUUCACAAUGAAACCAAAGUACCUGCCAAGUUUAUGGUCUGUACGUCACAAUCAAGAACGGUUGAUCAUACGCCAGGCACAAAAUAGAAUCGAUGCGGAUGAUGCAAAGGCGGCCGGAUUAACUCAAUAGUUAGAAUUUGAUUAUUAGAACUGAAAAGUCUCGUAUAAGAGCGAGAACUUCUCUCCACAAAGACUGUUACAUCAAUCAAUAUAUCUCCUGUGAAUAUAUAUACAUAUAUAUGGC